UAAGGGAAAAGAGAGGCUGGGGACAGGGAACGAGAGGAAGGGAAGAGGAAAAAGACAUGGGGUUUGAGAGAAAGAGCAUGAAAAGUUUCCUCUGCUACGGUGCAGCUGAUAAAUCUUAAACUGACCUUGACUGCAGAACAGACCUCAAUCAAACAUGAAACGUCCAUGUUUCCGGAAACCUUAUUCAUUGCUGAGUUGCUGCAUGUGAUGGAGCUGGAAGCAUUCCUCUUUACCGGUAGGCUACACUCUGAACCUUUUGGCCCUCUAGCGGUUAAAAAACAAGACUGCAUGCAUGCUGCGAAAGAACAUCGUUGUGGUUGUGCUUUGGCUCUGCGUGACUGUGCGGAUGAAUAUGGUUUGAACCUGUGUCAUCUGAGCAUAACUUUCUGGAUUCUUCACUUCUGUCUCGAGGAGGACGUCACUCGGAGCGGGCAGUGUUUUAUGGUGUUGGUGGUCGGCUGUGGUAACUCUGAGCUGAGUGAACAGCUCUAUGAUGUUGGAUACCAUCAGCUAACCAACAUUGACAUCAGCGAGACGGUGGUGUCUCACAUGAACCAGCGGAACGCAGAGCGCCGUCCUGACCUGACCUUCCAGCAGGUGGAUGCCACCCAGACAGGCUUUGAGAGCGGGAGCUUUCAGGCAGCCCUAGAUAAGGGCACGCUCGAUGCCAUGGCUUCAGAAGAGGACGGUGCUCUUGCAGGCAGGAUGCUUGCAGAAGUUGUCAGAGUUUUGAGUGUUGGGGGCCGGUACGUUUGCGUAACAUUAGCCCAGGAACAUGUCAUAAAGCUGGCCGUGGAACAUUUCGCUCAGGGCUGGGCUGUACGAAUUCACUGUCUAUGUGGACAGCAGAAUGAAGUGUCCGACACCUCCUUCGCCCUCCCUGUUUUCGUUCUGGUCUGCACCAAAUUCCGCCAAGCGCCUCCGUUUGCAGUGCUUGAGCUCUGUCAGGGGGAGGAUGGCGCUCCGGUUAGACUCGCAUCAGUACCGGAACUGUUGUCUGCUGUGAAGGAGAGGCAGGCCUACAAUCUAAUGCUUCAUAAGCUCAGAGGUGGAACAGAUGCCAACAGCACACAGUCCCUCACACUGUGCCACGCAGCCACCGGCAAGCCACGAUACACUCUGACGGUACAGGACAGCCUGCCUUCUGCCAAGCUGCCACGGAGUAACCACUUUGCCAUCUUUAUCGUUCCUCAGGGCCGUGAGUCUGAUUGGUUAUAUGGCUCAGCUGAAGGUCGGACUCAGCUAGCGUCCAGUGCAAAAUUCAGACGCCUGGUCAUUGUGGCAAUGCAUCGAGAUCAAGAGUAUGAGGACAUGCAGGCGGUCCAAUCAGAGCUCUCUCCAAUGGUGAUGGAACUCGCUCCUCCUGGAAUGCCAGCCAAUCAGCAGGUGCCAUUCCUGUCUGUGGGAGGAGAUCUGGGGUGGAGGGAGGUCGUUGGACGAGGGCUCAGUGCUUUGACGGGAGAGUACUCUGUGGAGGAUGUGAGAGGAGAGGAUGGUCAUCUCUAUCGCCGGCUGAUCUUCAUGAAUAAUUCCCAGCUGGUGCAGUCAGAGAGCAGACUCCAGUCUAAAGCCACAGCUUCUUCUACUCAUAAAAAGAAGAACAAGAGAAAAGCCAAAGCAUCUGUUUCUGAAGCCCCUGCUUUAAUGGAAGCUAAAGAUCGGAGUGUGGACAGGGGUUUUCUUUGCUGUACACACCAUGAAGUCAUGGUGGCAGGUUUUGCCAUGCUAGGAACGGAUGCAAUCAAUAAUAAAGAUCAACCAGUUUCCGUGUUACUGGUGGGACUAGGUGGCGGGGGUCUGCCCCAGUUUCUUCAUGACUUUGUGCGUUGUGCACGGGUGGAAGUGGUUGAACUGGACCCAGCAGUGCUGGAAGUGGCUCAGACCUGGUUUGGGUUUCAGAACGACGAGAGGCUGAAAGUUAUACUUGGAGACGGACUGGAGCACAUCAGAACACUGGAGAGCCAGGGGGGACAUUCUUUUGAUGUCAUCAUGUUUGACGUUGACAGCAAAGACACGACCCUGGGCAUGAGCUGCCCUCCACCUGCCUUUGUAGAAACAUCACUUCUGAAGAACGUUUACAGCUUAUUAACCCCUCGAGGACUAUUUAUGUUGAACCUUGUGUGUCGAGACUCGGCUCUCAGGAAGUCAGUUCUUGAACGUGUUCAAGCCGUGUUCCCGCGUGUGUUCUCUCGUGGAAUCGAGGGUGAAGUCAACGAGGUGCUACUAUGUUGCAAAAGUCCAGGAGAGGAACACAAACCUCACAGCGUUCCACAAACAUUACUGCAGACAGCAAAAGACCUGCAGAAGACACUACGUGCAAACACCCAGACUGCACCAUGUGUGCCUCAAAUAGACAUUACUGCAAUGCUGAAUGACCUGAAAGUCGUCUAAAGGUGUGGAGAGAUAAAAUAAAUGGCUCAUUUCACUUAUGAGCUGCAUUUUCAAGGAAUUAUUCCAGUCCCAGUCUCGUGUUGGCAUUUAGUCUGGUCAAUAUUGCAUCCUAUUUUGGAAAACAACAAAACGUCUACUUAUAAAGGAAGAGAUCAUCUGAUUGACCGUUAAAGUCACCAUGACAUUUUUUUAUGGAAUAUUCCGGCAUUUAUUAUAAAUGAUUUAUUCGCACACAUCAAGAUCAUUUUGUGAAAGAUGUUACCCUCCUCUUCCAGCGCUUUUAAAGAAAACACCAAAGUAACAUUUCAAAAGUUCAAAAGUAUUUGAAUGGGUUAAAACUAUACUAACAAUUAUCGCUGAUGAUCUGUAUGCUAUCUAAAUGCAAAUGCUAACAUCAAAAGGCUUCAUUAACCCAAAUUAUCAAUACAACAUGCAAAUCUUUUGUAAGUGUCUUACUUUAUAGGACAAAUAAUGGCAAUAUAGGGACUAUACUUUAUAUUCAGAUUAUAAUACGACUCCCCUAUAAAAAGAGAGUACAUUUUAUCUUGCUUUGGUUUCAUGUUCAAACAAAGAAAAAUUGUAAUGGUCCUUAAACAGAAAUAAUAAAAUAAUCAUAAAUUCUUUGACAUUAAAUGUUUGUUUCCUGAGAUAUGCCUUAUAAUAACAUUAACUAUGUUCAUAUAAUGUAAUAUUUGUAAUAUUCAUUUUACAAUAUUUGUAAUAUAUUCAUUUUUAAUAUUGUAGUAUUUGUAAUGUAAUAAAAUUUUUACUGGUUGACAAAAAUAUAAAUUAAAUGUACUGCUAUAAAGAGAAA